CCUCCUCCUGCGCGAACGCUCCCGGAGAGACCUGGACUCCUCCUGCGGUCUGCGAUCGACAUGCGCUUCAACGACGGUUUCUGGCUCCUGAAGAACGGUGUAAAGGGCCACUAUGGCCUCCAGGUCGUCCAGGCGCUCCCGGACGGCGAUGGCUACAGCCUGCAGGUAUCGACCAAGCCAAUCCGUCACCGGGGGGACACGCUCGCGGGACCACUUCUGAGCAUUCGCGUCCAUUCACCCAGUGAGGGAGUGAUCGGCGUCAAGAUCGACCACUUCAAACAUGUCGAGCCGAAGCCAACCUUCGAGCUGUUCCCCGACGAUCCGCCUGUCCCGGCCGCAAGGCUCGCAGACGGGAUUGGCUCCUGGACAAUCACAAGCGGCGAUCUCACCGGAGAAAUUACGGAGAAUCCAUACACCAUCGCUUUCCGUUCUCCCCAACGCGUCCUGACGACGUCCGGAGUGAAGCAUCAAGCGAUCUACGACGUUCCACACAAGUGGACUCUGCAGAGUGCAGCAAACGGAUCAUGUCUCACGACUGACUUCAGCUCGAAUCCUCAUCCCGAGCGAGUUCCUGACAACGUUCGGUACACAAGCUCAGAGCUGAACCUCUCUCCCGGAGAACUCAUUUACGGUAUGGGAGAGCAGUUCGGUGCUUUCGUGAAGAAUGGCCAGUCAGUCAGCAUAUGGAACCAGGACGGCGGCACGUCCAGUGAACAGGCGUACAAAUGUGUACCUUUCUACAUGACGAACCGUAACUAUGGUGUCUUCAUCAACCAUCCUGGCGAAGUCGAGAUCGAAGUAGGCAGCGAAAAGGUCAGCAGGGUUGGCGUGAGCGUCGCCGGCGAGACUCUUGAGUACUUCAUCAUCUACGGUGCCACGCCUCUGGAGAUCCUCGAACGCUACACGCGCAUCACCGGACGGCCAGCGUUGCUGCCCACAUGGACGUUCGGGCUCUGGCUGUCGACGUCCUUCCUCACGUCUUACGACGAGAAGACCGUCUCAGGCUUCCUGCAGGGCAUGCGGGACCGCAACUGCCCCGUCCGCGUGUUCCACCUGGACUGCUUCUGGAUGAAGCAAUACGAGUGGUGUUCGUUCACGUUCGACCCGGAUAACUUCCCGAACCCGAAGGCAUACCUCGCGGACAUCAAGCAGAAGUACGGCGUUAAGAUUUGUGUAUGGAUCAACCCCUACAUUUCGCAAUUGUCGCCCAUCUUCCAGGAAGCAGUGAGGGAAGGCUACUUGAUCAAGCGCACAGACGGAACGCCGUGGCAGUGGGACUUGUGGCAGCCAGGACUGGGAGUCGUAGACGUGACGAACCCCGCAGCGCGGAAAUGGUACCAAGACAAGCUCGACGCCUUGAUUGACCUCGGCGUGGACACCUUCAAGACAGACUUUGGCGAGCGGAUACCGCACGCGCAAGUAGUCUUCCACGAUGGCUCGGACCCCAUGCGGAUGCACAACGCGUAUUCGGUCAUUUACAACGAGAUGGUCUUCGCGGUUUUGGAGAAGAGGUUCGGGAAGGGCGAGGCGGUCGUGUUCGCUCGUGCCGCCAGUGCGGGUGGCCAGAGGUUCCCGGUGCACUGGGGCGGCGAUUGCGAGUCGACGUUCGAGGCCAUGGCUGAGUCGCUGCGCGGAGCCCUGAGCUUGACGGCGUCGGGCUUUGCGUUUGCGUCACACGACAUUGGAGGCUUCGAGGGGCAUCCACCACCAGAGAUUUACCACCGAUGGGUCGCGUAUGGGCUCUUCUCCUCCCACUCCCGGCUCCACGGUUCGAUGUCGUACCGUGUGCCAUGGCACUACGGGGAGGAAGCAGCGGUAUACAUGGCGCGUUUCCUCGAUGCCAAACACCGGCUUAUGCCCUACUUAUAUAUGCUUACUCUGACGGCGCGCACGCACGGGCACCCACUCCAACGAGCCAUGUUCAUCGAAUUCCUCUCCGACCGCACCACACACUACCUCGACCGCCAAUACAUGCUCGGGCCCUCGCUGCUCGUCGCCCCCGUCUUCGUCCCCGAGGACGAGGACACGGAGUACUACGUCCCCGCGGGGCGGUGGACGUCGUUCUUCCACCCACAGCGCACAAUCGACGGGCCCCGGUGGGUGCGAGAGGUUGUCCCGCUCAACGAGAUCCCCGUGUAUGUCCGGCCGGGGACGCUGUUGUGCCUCGGGCCGAUGGGCAUCGGCCGGCCAGACUAUGAGUAUUCGAAAAGCGUGGAGGUUCAGGUUUACGAGUUGGCGGAUGGGCAGGUCGUCCACACAGACGUGCCUGUUGGGGAUGGUUUAACCGUCGCGGGGACGGUGAGGGCGGAAAGGAGAGGCGGGGAGGUGAUCGUGAACAUUGUUGCUGGGAGCGUUGAACUGACGUCUGCGAGACUGUUCAUGGGUGGGCAAGAGGUCGUGGCGGAUUUGAGCAAGGGACAGACGGAGGUCUCCUUGAAGUUUUGAUUGUAGGAAGCGAACAAAAAUGUAUGCACAACAUACCCUGUACUAUAGGAGGCGUCACAGCAAUGCGGGGCGUUCGACUGUACCAUUUACAUAGUCGGAAUCACCUAGGCUGAAUAUACAAUUCGCCCAUACAUCCAGGGCGCUCAUUCCGUAGAUGACCGUUGUCUCCAGACCUCCUCCGAUGGGCUCGCCUGACCUUCACAGCUGAGAAUUAAGGGCGUGUUUGGGAAGUUGGCAUGGAGUGGACUCGACC